AUGGCGUCGAGCUUCUUCAAGUCGAAGCGGACGUUCAAUUGGUACUCCGCGCUCGUCGCGGCAGCAUGCAUGGUUCUCUAUGGUUAUGAUGCCUCGGUGUACAAUUCGGUCCAGGGCUCGGAGGCCUGGCUGGAAUGGUUCAACAACCCGGAUGCAAACAUGACUGGCUUGAUCAACACGGCCUACACUGUCGGUGCCAUUUUCGGUGGUUUCUUCCUGGGAGGUCCGAUUGCGGAUUUUCUCGGCCGUAAGAUCGGCAUGGCGACCGGUUGUAUUCUGGUCAUCAUUGCCACUUUUAUGCAAGCUUUCUCUCCCAAGGGGAACAUCGGCUGCUUCCUGGGAGGUCGAGUGAUCAUUGGUAUCGGCCAGGGCAUUGCUUUGACAUCUGGACCGAUCUAUAUUGGUGAAAUCUCGCCACCGUCGAUUCGUGGAAAGAUAAUGACCUUCUGGCAACUGUUCUACUCGGUCGGCUCUUUCAUUUGCUUCUGGGUGGCCUACGGCUGCACGGAGCAUGCAACCAAGCUGGGAGAGUGGGACUGGAAGAUGGUGGUCCUCUUCCAGCUUCUCGUUCCCAUCUUGAUCCUGGUCCUCUUGCCCACCAUCCCCGGCUCACCCCGUUGGUACAUUCAAAAUGGAAAUCACAUCGAAAAGGCCCGCAAUGCACUCCUCAAGAUCCGUGACACUGAGGAGCAGGUUGAAGAAGAACUGUUGAAAAUCCGUGAGGCCCUCGAGUACGAAAAGGAAGCUAUUUCGAGCGGUUACUCUGCCUUGUGGAAGGACAAGUCUCUCCGCAAGCGUCUAUUGCUCGCCUUGGUCAUAAACGCCGGCCAGCAGGUCACCGGACAGGGUACCCUCAACACGUAUUCGACCAAGGUCUAUGAAAAGGUCUUCAGCAGCGAGAGCCAGAUUUCUCUGAUCAACGCCCUGAAUGCCACCUUUGGAAUCAUCUUCACCGUGAAUGCGAUCUGGUUCAUCGACCGCUUCGGACGUAAAUUCCUCCUGGUCGCCGGUGCCAUCGGCCAGGGCCUCUGCAUGAUCAUCAUCUCUGCUGUGGAAACCGAAACCCCCUCGCCUGAUGGCAAGAAGACGGAAGCAGUGGGCAUCUCGCUUGUCUUCCUCUUCUACGUCUUCAUCUUGUUCUACAAACCUUCUUGGGGUGCUACUGUUUGGAUUUGGACGUCCGAGGUCUUCUCGAUGAAUGUGCGCGGCCAGGCAGUCGGCAUGGCGUCACAGACGCAGAACGUCGCCAACCUGAUUGUGCAGCAAUUCUUCCCCACCUUCCUGGAGAACUGCGGCUUCUACGCCUUUUACAUGUUUGCAGGAGUCAAUUUCUUGCUGGGUCUCUUUGUCUACUUCUUCGUCCCCGAGACUAAGCAGGUCUCUCUCGAGGAGAUCGACGCCAUCUUCGGCGGUGCCAACCAUGUCUCGCAGGGCGAGGACCUGCUCUUCCAGCAGAAGAAUGCCGGUCAAGUCAGCGUGGAGAGAAGCGACAAGCCCGUGUCGACGACGUAUGAGAAUGUCGAGGUCUCGUCAUGA